CGAGCGGCGGGCGAGCGGCGGCUGCGGGCCGGGCUGAGUCAAGAAGCGGCAGCCGGACUUCCCCGAGGAGGGGAGCGCGGCAGCCGGCGGGGCCGCGCCGGGCUGGGGGCCGGGAACCGCGGUGGCGGACACCUCCGUGCGCGCAGGGACAGAGGAGCCCCGCCGCCCACCCUGCGCCGCGCGCCGGCCAGCCCCCCUAGGAUGUCCGAGGGACCCAGACGCCCAGGACGGUGACCGAGCGAGCUCGAGAAUGGGACAGCGCCCGCAGCUGCGGCUCGUCAAGGCCCUUCUCCUCUUGGGGCUGAACUCCAUCUCCGCCUCCCUCCAGGACCAGCACUGUGAGAGCCUGUCCCUGGCCAGCAACAUCUCUGGACUGCAGUGCAAUGCAUCCGUGGACCUCAUUGGCACCUGCUGGCCCCAGAGCCCUGCAGGGCAGCUGGUGGUUCGACCCUGCCCUGCCUAUUUCUAUGGUGUCCGCUACAACACUACAAACAAUGGCUACCGGGAGUGCCUGGCCAACGGCAGCUGGGCCGCCCGCGUCAACUACUCGGAAUGUCAGGAGAUCCUCGGCGGGGAGAAGAAGAGCAAAGUACACUACCACAUCGCUGUCAUCAUCAACUACCUGGGCCACUGCAUCUCCCUGGCGGCCCUCCUGGUGGCCUUUUUCCUCUUCCUGCGGCUCAGGAGUAUCCGGUGCCUGAGAAACAUCAUCCACUGGAACCUCAUCUCCGCCUUCAUCCUGCGCAAUGCCACGUGGUUUGUGGUCCAGCUCACCAUGAGCCCUGAAGUCCACCAGAGCAAUGUGGGCUGGUGCAGGUUGGUGACAGCCGCCUACAACUACUUCCACGUGACCAACUUCUUCUGGAUGUUCGGUGAGGGCUGCUACCUGCACACGGCCAUCGUGCUCACCUACUCCACCGACUGGCUGCGCAAGUGGAUGUUCAUCUGCAUCGGCUGGGGUGUACCUUUCCCCAUCAUUGUGGCCUGGGCCAUUGGGAAGCUGUACUAUGACAACGAAAAGUGCUGGUUUGGCAAAAAGCCUGGGGUGUACACUGACUACAUCUACCAGGGCCCCAUGAUCUUGGUCCUGCUGAUCAAUUUUAUCUUCCUUUUCAACAUUGUCCGCAUUCUCAUGACCAAACUCCGGGCAUCCACCACAUCUGAGACCAUCCAGUACAGGAAGGCUGUGAAGGCCACUCUGGUGCUGCUUCCCCUCCUGGGCAUCACGUACAUGCUGUUCUUCGUGAACCCCGGGGAGGAUGAGGUCUCCCGGGUCGUCUUCAUCUACUUCAACUCCUUCCUGGAAUCCUUCCAGGGUUUCUUCGUGUCUGUGUUCUACUGCUUCCUCAACAGUGAGGUCCGCUCUGCUAUCCGGAAGAGGUGGCACCGAUGGCAGGACAAGCAUUCAAUCCGCGCCCGUGUGGCCCGCGCCAUGUCCAUUCCCACCUCCCCCACCCGUGUCAGCUUUCAUAGCAUCAAGCAGUCCACAGGGCUCUGAGCCAGAGGACCAUGGACUGGCCCCAAGAUCCGUUGGGAAGAUGGUCGCCAGACUCAGCCAGCUGCCCUGUCUGUGGAGGAAACAUGCUCCUUCCCAUGGCCGGGCCCCCCAGGAGCAGCUGGCACCGAGAGCCUGGGAGGCCCCUCCCAGAGCCCCAGCUGAGCGGGAGCUCUAGGCCUACUAGAGCAGCCACAGCCUGGAUCACAGGACGGGUGGAAAGCCACCUAUAGGACUGGGCUGGCCCAGGUCCUCUGGCCCCCCUUCCCCCAGUCCUCCCUGGAGAACGGAAUGGGAGUAGAGUGACGGGGGCAGCCAGGAAGCCCAAAGCCCACGUGGGGCCCUCUAAGAGGUGUCCACCCAGACCACCAGAGGGCCAGCCCUCGAAGACCUGGCGCCUGUCCCCAGCGACUGUGGGGGCCGCUCACCCCAGGGGCAUCACGGGACACUUGUGACAGCACCGCAGCCACCGUGAUGAUGCCUCGGGGCCUUAGCAAUGCCUUCUAACACACUGGGAACCAAGACUACAUUGUCAGGAGUCCUGGUGCCAUCAUCAGACAUCAGGCUACACUAGAAAUCCAUCCAAGCCCCCAGGACUUCUGUGCACCGUGGCACCGGCAUCAGAAAUGCCCUGCCUCUCUGCCUUGCACCCUUGGACCUUUACUUCCCUCCAUGCCACAUGGGCUCCCACCUCCUUACCACCAAUACUGUCAGCCUGAUUCCUGUCACCUCCUGCCCGUGUGUCACCCCUUUGUGAGAAGAUGGGAGUGGAAACGUGAUAGGCCUGUGAGAAGAGCCAGGGUGUGCCUAGACAAAGCCAGUCCCCUUUUGAGGGGGCAGAGACUACCUGGGGCCAGCCAGCCUGCUGGCUUCUGUGGUCUGGCCUCUGGGGCAGCCCCUCUGCUGGUCACAGGGAGCCUGUGACCCCUGGAGGGCCUCCAGGGCAGCAUGAUAAGCUAAGCAAAAACAGGAAGGGGCAGGGCACUUGGCCCCUCUCUGCCCCAGUACCAUGGAGCAGCAAGUGGCUCUUGGGGCAGCAGCCAGUCCCCACUGGACCCGCCCACAUCAGAGGUGUUCUGACAACCUGAGCAGGGCUUUGGGGGUGUGGGGCUGGGAG